UCCCGCCAAACCCAACCUAACCACUUGAAAUUUCGGUGAACUAUGACGAUACAGGAAUAGAACAGUAUGAGCAGGGCUUGCCUUCAGCUAGAGCGAAAGAUCCUCCGCCUCCUCCAUGGCCAGAAAACCCGAAAAAACCUCCGCGAAAUUCAUGCUCAUUUCAUCCGUCAAUGCCUUCACCGAUCCAACCAAAUCCUUGCCCACUUUGUCUCUGUUUGCGGUCACCUUAACAAAAUGGACUAUGCAAAUCUUGUGUUUUUGCAGACCCACAAUCCCAAUAUUUUGCUUUUUAACUCUAUGGUCAAAGGGUAUUCUCUCAACGGUCCCUUCGAAGAAGCUGUUACGUUGUUUUCUUUGAUGAAAAGUCAAGGGAUUUGGCCUGAUGAAUACACGUUUUCGCCUUUGCUUAAGGCGUGUUCGGGUGUUGGUGAUGUAAAAAUUGGAGAAUGCAUUCAUGGGGAAGUUAUUAAAUCUGGGUUUGAGCGUUUUGGCUCGGUUCAGAUUGGGAUUGUGGAAUUAUACAGUUCUAUUGGGAGAAUGGACGAAGCAAAGACGCUGUUUGAUGGAAUGUCUAAGAGGGAUGUGAUUGUUUGGAAUUUGAUGAUUCGUGGCUUUUGUAAGAGAGGGGAUGUUGAUAUGGGGUUAAAUUUAUUUAGGCAGAUGAUUGAAAGGAGUGUAGUUUCUUGGAAUUUGAUGAUUUCUUGCUUGGCACAAGGUGGAAGGCAUAGUGAAGCUUUGGCACUUUUUCAUGAAAUGAGGGAACUGGGGUUCCCACCUGAUGAGGCUACUGUGGUUAUUGCGUUGCCUAUUUGUGCUCAUUUAGGGGCUAUUGAUGUUGGUCAAUGGAUUCACUCUUACGCUGAAUCAAGUAGGCUUUAUCAAAAUGUGGUUUCUGUGGGAAAUGCAUUGGUGGAUUUUUAUAGUAAAUGUGGAAAUUUGGAAACUGCCCUUCAGGUUUUUAAAGAUAUGCCUUGUAAAAAUGUUGUGUCAUGGAAUGCAAUGAUUUCUGGUCUGGCUUUUAAUGGGAGAGGGGAACUUGGUGUUGAGUUGUUUGAGGAGAUGAUCAACAACGGUGAGAGGCCUAAUAAUGCGACUUUUAUAGGGGUGCUAACAUGCUGUGCACAUGCAGGAUUGAUCGAAAAAGGGCAAGAGUUGUUUGCUUCAAUGAGCGAAAAAUACCAUAUUGAUCCUAAACUUGAGCAUUAUGGAUGCAUGGUUGAUCUCCUUGCACGCAAUGGAUGUGUGAGAAUGGCUUAUGACUUGAUUAGAAGCAUGGAUAUUAUGCCCAGUGCCACUUUAUGGGGUGCCUUGCUUAGUGCUUGCCGUACUUAUGGUGAAUUAGAGCUAGCAGAACUUGCUGUUAAAGAGCUUAUCAAUCUUGAACCAUGGAAUUCAGGUAAUUAUGUAUUGUUGUCAAAUAUUUAUGCAGAAGAAGGGAGAUGGGAUGAAGUAGAGAAGAUAAGGGUAUUGAUGAGGGAAAAGAGUGUCAAGAAAGCAAUGGGACAAAGCGCAACAGGGUGAUUAUAUACCAUCUUUUUAGUAUAUUGUUUUGAUAAUUAUAAUUUCCAUUUUUUUCAGCAAUGAUGGCUAAAGAACCUACCUAAUAAAUUUGGAGAUUUCUUUUUUUUCUUAUUUUGGAAAUAAAUUAGCUGGUUCACUUUAUGUCAAAUACAUGGAUAUCAAUCCAUACCGAUUAUAUCUCUAACAGAAGAGUAUUUAUCCAAUGAGAAUUAUGUACAAUUCGUUUUUGAUGAAAAAUAUGUAUAAUGUUAGGUUUUUACUUUAAAAAACCUAAAAUAUAAAAUUUUACUUUGAGUGUAAUUUAUAUAUUGCAAGGCCAUUCAUAGGAAUGGCCUAGCUUCAUACACCCUAUUGCCUUUCACAGCAUAGAAACAAAGAACCAAAGAAUGGAGAUCGUGGUGGGCAAAGAAGAGGACAGGUUAUGGUACGCCACGAAUGCGUGAGAAUGGCUUAUGACUUUGGCUUAGAAUCAUUCUAUAAAAAUGCUUGUAUGUUCUUGAUCAGUAUGUUUGGAGCAGGUGCUGUUGCUGUACAAAAGCAUCCGUACAUUAAUUCCUCACUGAGAACAAAUCUUAUGCUCUCCUAGUUUUGUUUGGUUAAAUAUAGAAGGCCAAAUUUCACCAUGAUAGUGAAAAUCUCUUGAUUUGCACCC